UCCCUCUCUCUCUCUCUCUCUCCCCCCACCUCCGCUUCCUCUCUCUCCUCUCUCUCUCUCUCUCUCUCUCUCCUCCUUUCCCCCUCCUUCCCCUUCCUUCCUUCCUUCCUCCCUCCGCCCUGCUCCUCUCUCGGGAUUCGCCUCCGUUCAUCCGCCCGUGCGGGAGAGCCUAGCGGAGCAGAAGCAGGCGCGCGCGGCGGCAGCGGCGGCGGCGAGGAGUAGGAGGAGGAGGAAGGCGAGGACGAGGGCGAGGACGAGGACGAGGAGGGAGGAUAUGGCGGCGGCUAGGGUUUCGAUCCCGGCGGCGGUGCGGCGGACGAUCCAGAACAUCAAGGAGAUCGCGGGCGGCCACACCGACGAGGAGGUCUACGCCGUGCUCCGCGAAUGCAACAUGGAUCCCAACGAGACCACCGAUAGGCUUCUCAACCAAGGUACAUUCCAUGAGGUCAGAAGAAAGAGAGACAAGAAAAAGGAGAGUGCCAAAGAAUCUGCCGAUGCUCGAUGGAGGCCUGGGAUGCAGGGGCGAGGUGGAAAAGGUGGAUGGGGAAACUCUUCACGCCAGCUAUCCAACUCCUCUGACAUAACUGGGAGAAAUGCUCCUGCUGAAAAGGAAAUUGGAGUGAAUCCAAACAUGGACAAAUGUAACAGCUCUGUACCUGUCAAUCCAAACACAGACACCAAGACGUCUACUUCGAUCUCAAGUUUGUCAGUUGGCCAAUCCAAUGGUUCAUCAGAGCCUGUUGCUUCCAUGGAGAAAAGUUCUCUUGCUAUAGGUCCAGAUGUAAGACUAUCUUUAAUACAGUCAGCACCAUCUAUAUCAGGGGAGUGCAUACCAGCUUUGGACCCAGUGCUUACACCAGCCCCUGAAGUCCACGGCCACGGUGAGACUGUUUCCACCAAACAUGCUUAUGCAAGUCAGUUGGCAGCAGGAGAAAAGGUGGUUUCUAAUGAUGUAUCAACGGCUUCACAAGGCACAUCUCGAUCUUCUGGUUUGUCAUCCACUGUGGUACCUUCUGGUAGUAGGCCAUCUUCAAGCUGCAGUAGUCGUGCACAGCAGUUGAGCAGUGUACAGAAAGUUGUUCCAAAUAAAGAAUGGAAGCCAAAAUCAACAAACAAACCAGCCCAUGCUGAAAAUGUUAUAUGUGAUAAAGUGCCUGUUUCUGUGGAGACUGUUCCCCAGUCGAUUCUAGUAUCGGAUUCCAUCCAUAAGGAAGAUACCACUUCAGGAGUGGAGACAAGGCCAAGUGACAUGCGCCUGUCUGACAAGCAGCAUGUUAUUAUUCCUGAUCACCUUCAGGUUGCAGAGUCAGAAAAAUAUGGGCUUAGUUUUGGCAGUUUCGGUGCCUGUUUUGAGCAAUCUGCAAGCUUUUCAAAAGACACUGAAAGUGAGAAAUGCUCUACACCUCAAUGUGAAUCGUCUCAGGAGGCAGAUGAAGUUCUGGAUGAACCUGCUGCAAGUCAUCAGGGUGUGUCCUCAACUGUUGAAAUGGCAGCUGAGUCAGAUCUGCAGCAGCUGCCUGCUGAAACGGCAGAUAAUAUUUUACCUCAGAAGGUUGAUAGUUCCUCAAGUAUUCCUGAAGUUGCAGAAUCAGACCAAUCAAACGAUACAAUAGCUUCACAUGUACCUCAAGAUUCAGUUGAAACUACUACACCUUACCCACCACAACAGUCGCAUGGAGAUCAGAUUCCAUCACUUGAAACUUCUGAAUCUCAGGUACAACAGGUCAAUGACUCUUCUGCAGGCUAUUAUACACAAUUUUACCGACCACCUGCUGAUUUUGAUGGCCGUAUCUCACCAUUUACUGCUUCUGGAGCUGCUAUCAAGUACGGAAACUUGUCGGUUAUGCCCACACAAACUGGGCAUGCCCAAGAGCUGCCACAGGGAAUCAACUCCUUCGUGCUGCCUUCAGUUGGGUCUACUCCACUUGCCACCCCAACCCCUGGAGCCGUACCAAAUUCUGUUGGUAUUCCACAACAGCCACUUCAAUUAUUCCGCCAGCAUUUAGGUGUUUUACCUCAAUACCCACCAAAUUAUUUCCCAUACAGUCAGUAUCCACUCUAUGUUCCACCACAACCCCUUCAUUUCAUGGUUCCUCAACCCCCUUCAACCGGAGGCAUGUAUCCACCUGUAAGUGCAGCUGUUGCACCACCAGGUAAAUACCCAACCAAUACAUACAAGCCUGGUGCUAACAAUGGAACCCAGACACAUGUUGGAAACCAUGGUGCAUAUGGAACAUAUGAUUCUAGUCCGUCAAUCUAUACAAAUAACACUAUGGUGGCAAGUGGAACUUCUGUCGAGAGUGAUGAUAUCAGUGGAUCCCAAUUCAAAGAAACCAAUGUCUAUAUUGCCGGGCAGCAGAGCGAAGGCUCCGGUGUCUGGAUUCCUGCCCCAGGACGUGAUAUUUCUGGUCUCCAGCCUAGCAACUAUUACGGACUGCCUCUGCAGGGACAGCACCUGGCGUUUGCCCCUGCUCAAGCUGGUCAUGGUACUUUUGGAGGGAUAUAUCACCCGGCACAGACAAUGGCUGGAGCCGCUGUUCAUCCACUACUACAGCCACCUCAGGCCAUUGCUGGGGUUGGUGGUGAAAUGGUUGGACCACCUGCCAAUGGUUAUCAGCAGCCACAACGGGCUCAGAUGAACUGGCCUAAUUAUUAACGGAGGUAGUAUAUUUUUCCGAGUAGCCAUCAUAGGAUGAAAAAGAACAGUUAUUUGUUGGAUAUCUAAGUGUUGGCAAAGGAAGUUUUUUUUGGGCUUUCAGCAUAGAGGUGCCUGAUCAAGAGUGUAUAUAUCAAGCAUGGAUGAUCUGCAAGGAAAUGUUGCAGAUUCCCAAAUGGUCUAGCGCUUAUUUCUGUGGUAUUAUAUGUAGCUGGAACUGACCAUUCAGUUAGAGACGAGGGUCCACGCUUGUUCCAAUUUUUUUUUUUUGCCCCUUUUUGGCCUUUGCUCCCCUUGGUUUUAAGUUUGCUGCAAGAAAGCGUGGGGUUUCUUCUCCGAGGUUAUAGUUACUCUUUGGACAUUUAAGUUCAUUAAAGUGAGCUGGUGGGAUUGCCGUUCUUUCCGCCUCUUUACCUGUAAAGUAAAUUUUGGUGCUUCGAGAAACAUGUCACUACUGUUGUACUUCGGUGUAAUACAAACAGGCCAACCCUAAAGUUGCAGCGAAAUCUUUGUUCUUUUCAGAGGGAAA